AAAUCAUUUCCGAGUCAUAAAUUUUGAUGGAAGAAAUGCACUGUGAGCAUCUGCAAUAACAUAAAUACGUCGACAUCUAAAAAAAAAAUCCUUUUUCAGGUGAUACGAUCUUUUCAGGUAAAUGAGGAGACACUAAACAGGUGAUACACUCUAUUCAGACAGUUGCACAAGACAGCAGAAAAAAUGCUCUUUCUUGCAAAGCUAGGGGCGCAAAUGUGGGCAAGACUGCACACUCAAAUGCGUAGCUGGCAAACUUCUAUAAUUGCAAAUACCAGAACGAAUGUGUGAGUCCACCCACGGAGUUUGACCUUUAAGAAACAAGCGCAAGGUCCCUUUGUACAUCCAGUCAGGGCUUAAUGACGUUCUUCUGAAACCCAAAGGAAAAUAAAUUGUGUCCUUAAUGAGCUGAUCUGUCCGUGUUUUUAACUUAUCCAGUUAUAGUUUACAUGGUCAAACAAUAGAUGAUGCAAGCCCAAAGGGAAGACCAUGGAAAUUCCUGCACCACUGAUGUUCACAUUUACCUGCAACCUAUACGCACAAAGAUAGGUUCGGUUUUUUUUUAAACAAGAUAACAUACUAAAACCGGAAAAAGGGGUUUGUUCUGUUCAUAAAGUAUGCAAUCCAACUAACAUUGUACCAGCAACCAGCACAUUCAAACAAGAAAACCCAGCAGUCACACCUAAAAGACCAGUAAAUGCUAUUCUAUUUGCUGAGAAAGGCUAGUCCAUCAUAGUUCAGAUGAUAACAACCACAACCCAACAUUUUCAAACUUCCUAGUAAAUAUAUCUCCUUGACUACUUCCAAGGUUCCCACUUUCCCAGUAGCUUCCUGUGGGAAAAUGGCCACAAAUAAUAUGCUUGACUGACUCUGCCUCUCCCGGGAGGUCUGAUUUGCAUUGUCCAAAGGCAACCCAUCCACUGCUUUGCUUCCAUUAUCCCAGCUCCAUAGUUCGCUAUAGCAAUGGAUCCCCUUCCCAUACACACAAUCAUCUGCCUUGUUUGUUGGUCAUUUUGGUUAUUCCCAUUGUGUGCAUCAUCCGGCAGCCGCCUUCUUCCCGACAAGCCGCUUUCUGCUGGAAGCACCAUCACCUCCGACGACGGCACUUUUGCCCUGGGAUUCUUCUCCCCGUCCAGCUCCGGCAAAAAACAUUACUACGUCGGAAUAUGGUACAAGAACAUACCCAAAGACAAUGUUGUGUGGGUUGCCAACCGUGCUAUGCCAAUCGCUGAUCCUUCUUCUGCAACACUGGCCUUCACAAACGGAUCCAAUCUGGCCCUGUCAGACACCAACGGCCAGCUUCUCUGGAUGACAGAUAUCAGCGCCGCAGGAAAUUCAUCGUCAGAGGCAACUGGUGGAGAAGCCACGCUUGAUAACAAUGGGAAUUUUAUCCUUCGGUCAUCACAGGGCAUCAUCUUAUGGCAAAGCUUCGAUUACCCGACCGACACUCUCCUUCCAGGUAUGAACCUCAGGAUCACCCACAAGACGCAUGCACUACAACGGCUCGUCUCUUGGAGAAACACCCAAGACCCAUCCCCGGGCAACUUCUCAUAUGGUGCACACCCUGAUGAGUUUCUGAGGCGUUUUUCAUGGAAUGGUUCGACACCAUACUGGCGAAGUCCAGCGUGGAAUAACUAUUUGCUAGUAGGGCGGUACGUCGAGAGUGUCAAGUCCACAAUUCACUUCACACUGAAUACUAUUGAUGAUGAGGUGUACAUUUCCUUUGGACUACCAGAACCAAGUGUCUCCUUAGUGCUACUGAAGAUGGACUACUCAGGCAAGAUGAAGUUACGAACCUGGAAUAGCAACAUGUCCAAAUGGACUGACCUGCGAUCAGAACCUAAACAUGAAUGCAACAAAUUUGGUUACUGUGGUCCAUUUGGUUACUGCGACAACACGCAGCCUAUUGUGACAUGCAAGUGUAUUGAUGGCUUUGAGCCAAACAACAAGCAAGACUGGACGGCCCACAGAUUUUCGCAGGGAUGCCACCGGAUGGAAGCACUAAGAUGUGGUCAAGGGGAUGGCUUCUUAAAUUUGCCAAGCAUGAAGGUUCCCGACGAGUCCUUGCAUGUCAAGAAUAUAAGCUUAGAUGAAUGCAUAGCAGAAUGCACCAGCAACUGCUCCUGCACGGCGUAUGCUUUCGCCAAUACGAGCACCAAGGAUAUCAAUGGGGAUGAAACUAGGUGCCUAUUAUGGAACGGAGAUUUGAUUGACACAGAGAAGCUCAUUGGGCAAGGGCAGAACCUCUAUAUCCGGGUUAAUGGAUUGAGUGGUACAGUUUACUGUCUCUGUUUCUCUGCUUGCGUUGGUAGAUAUACCCUCUAUUUUAUGGGUCCAAUUAGCAGCAACUGGAUGCAGAAUGAAAAUGUGAGCAUGCAGGAGUUGGCAAUACUGCAGUUAAGUUUACGAAAUAAAAAGCGGAAGAGCACUGUUUUAAAAAUUACACUACCAGUCGUGUCAAGCUUGCUCAUAAUCAUAUGGGUGUGCCUUGUUUGGAUCUGCUGCUUGGGAGGUAGAACACAGUUCCAUACUUUUCUCCGUGUAUUUCCCUCAAGCAUGAUUGUGCAGGCCAAUGCUAUUCCAUAUUUCUAUGUGCUAUGUUCCUUUAUUAUAAUGUUUGCAUCAAUGUUCCUGAUAGGCAAACAAAGAAACAAGAAAAUUUGGAAGAAGCUGAUGUCAGGAACUUCGAGCACUUCAGUUGAACUUUGCGACGGAAACUUAAAGUAUCCUUCUAUUAGCUUCAAAGAAAUUGUACUUGCAACAAACAAUUUCUCUAACUCCAACAAGCUUGGACAUGGAGGUUUUGGCAAUGUUUACAAGGGAACGUUAGAAGAUGGUACAGAAAUUGCUGUGAAAAGGCUUAGGAAGGGUUCUGGCCAGGGGGUACUGGAGUUCAGAAAUGAAGUACUACUCAUUGCGAAGUUGCAGCAUAAAAACUUGGUUAGACUUCUCGGCUUCUGCAUCCAUGGAGAUGAGAAACUAUUAAUAUAUGAAUACUUACCUAACAAAAGUCUGGACGCCAUGCUUUUCGAUGCCACAAGAAAAUCAAUGCUUAAUUGGCCAACAAGAUUCGAGAUAAUCAAAGGUGUAGCUAGAGGACUUCUUUAUCUUCAUCAAGAUUCAAGGUUGAAGAUAAUUCACAGGGAUCUCAAAGCAAGCAAUAUAUUAUUAGAUGCUGAAAUAAGCCCUAAGAUAUCUGAUUUUGGUAUAGCAAGGAUAUUUGGUGGCGAUCAGCAGCAAGAAAAUACCAACCGCGUUGUUGGCACAUACGGUUACAUGUCGCCUGAAUAUGCUUUGAACGGAGUGUUCUCUGUCAAGUCUGAUGUAUACAGCUUUGGAGUUUUACUACUAGAGAUUGUGAGUGGCUCAAAGACCAGCUCUGUGCACCUAAAAGCAGACUUCCCCAGCAUUAUAGCCUCUGCAUGGAGCUUAUGGAAGGAUGGGAACAUAAAGGAUUUUGUUGACUCGUCAAUUGUGGGGAGUUGUUCACCUGAUGAAACUGUACGGUGCAUCCAUAUUGGACUUUUGUGUGUUCAAGACAGCCCAAAUGAGCGGCCACUCGUGUCAUCAAUCAUGUCCUUUCUGGAGAAUGGAGAUAUAUCACUUCCACCUCCAAAAGAGUCUGUGUAUUUUGCUGAAAACAACAAUGGAAAUGAUGGAGCAGCAGAAAAUACUGUAAAUUCAGCAAAUAACAUGAGCAUUACAGAAGUAGAGGGACGCUAGUACUUAGCAGUCUAAUCUCUGUAUAUGCCGUGGGUACUUUUUACAACUGUAUACUGGAUAAGAAACUGGUAUUUUGCCUUGAAGAACAAGAAUCUUUGUUUUAAUAUAGAUAAUGUAUUUCAUGUACGGUAGCUCCAGCAAAUGGGAGAGAUGUAAAUGUUCGUAUUAAAGACACUUCUCACCAAGAACUUUGGAUGCAUAAAAUAAGGCAAGUUAACCAGCUAAAUUUUGUAUGCUUAAAAAAACAGGUAGUAUAACUGUAUAAGUGUAUAACCAAAUUUCGUUAUACUUAAAGAACGGGUACCACGCACGGCCUCCCGGUCUGCCAAACUAUUUGUUAUAUGAGCUAACAAUUAUCUACUAUCUAACUCCAAGCCAAUUGUUUCUUAAUCUAGGCCAAUUGUCAUUUCGAUUGUGUAGAAUAUAUAUAUAUCUUAAUUUUGCACGCAAUAUGUCUCUUAGUUACUAUGGAGUUUUUUAUAAGCGCAAGCAUAAUAGUCAGAGUUAUCGGAUAGGUCGCUUUAUUGUGCCAGACUAAGCAACAUUUGUGAAGUUUGACAGAAAUCAUUUAGAAAAGCAAGUUCAAAUCACAUUAGAAAAUAUACACAACGCUUAACUAGAAAGAAAAAAAGGCAUCCUGUCACAUUGACUGAAAGUGCUUAAAGUAUACUGUAAUAUAACCCUUAACUAAACAGGUGCCAUCGGUCCAGAAAUAGGAAACUUAUGUAGGAGAAUGUGAACCCUGAAGAACAUUUGUUAACAGAAAUAUGCGUCACCUCUUUAUUGGGUUAAGCACUCUGCCAUCCCUCAUGCCCCCAUGCUUCAGCGUGCAACACAUUUGUUAACAGAAAUACGAAAGAGAGAGGGGGAGCUCUCUCUCUCUCCCCCCUCUCCCUCUCUCUCUCUCUCCCUCUCUUCCUCUCCCUCUUCUUUCAAGGGAUUGAAAAUUGAAAAAUAGGUAGGUCAGCAGCUGGUUUCUUCUUGCAGGUAUUUUCACAAACACCUUGCGCCCACUCUAGUCGCUGCUCACGGUCACCACCAUCCAGGGCACCUCGACUCGAGAUCUCGUAGCAAAGUUCCAACCAAAGGGCACAUAGGUUCCGCUAAUCCACGUCGCAUAGGUUGUGAGAAACAACUAGGUCCGUUCACAAUUAGA